CAGCUCAGCGCAGGACUUCAGGAGCGCAGCUAAGAGAAACUCAACUUUGACCACUAUUAGUUCAUAUUCGCAACUCGACUCAGAAGAUAUAAGUAGGCCAUCAGCUCAGAGAGGGCAAUGAAUUGUAUAUGGACAAACUUGGAAGAUUUUUGCUGAUUUUACGUGGGUGUUCGUCGCCUUGCACCAGGCGUUGUGGAUUACUGAAAAACAGAACUCUUUGUGGGCGACCUUUGGCAUCUAUUUAUUGGGGGUCUCGAGCGGGAGUUUGAUCCGUCUCAAAAAAAAUCUGUGUUGAAAAUGGGGAGCAAAGCACUGCCUGCACCGAUUCCACUCCACCCGUCCCUACAGCUGACAAACUAUUCCUUUCUACAAGCUGUCAAUACUUUUCCUGCGGCCGUGGACCACCUGCAAGGACUGUACGGCUUAAGUGCUGUACAAACUAUGCACAUGAACCACUGGACUCUUGGCUAUCCGCACAUGCAAGGACUGAGGUCAACGAUUACCGAAAUGGCUGCAGCUCAAGGGCUGGUUGAUCCCAGGUUCGCUUUUCCUACGUUACCCUUUGCCACGCACCUUUUCCACCCAAAACAAGGUACCAUUACGCAUGUCAUACCCUCCCUGCACAAAGACAGGCCGAGGUUUGACUUUGCUAACCUCGCCAUUGCCGCUACCCAGGAGGACCCGCCAAAAUCUGGCGAGCUCUCCAAGCUGACUGCAGGUCUAACUGGCGCAAUCUCGGAGCUGAACAAACUUUCGCCGGACAGAAAACCCACGCGCGGACGGCUGCCCUCCAAAACGAAAAAGGAAUUUAUUUGCAAGUUCUGUGGCAGGCACUUCACCAAGUCCUAUAACCUUCUCAUCCACGAGAGAACCCACACAGAUGAGAGGCCGUACACAUGUGACAUUUGUCACAAGGCCUUCAGAAGACAAGACCAUCUCCGAGACCAUAGAUACAUCCAUUCCAAGGAAAAACCGUUCAAAUGUCAGGAGUGUGGGAAGGGAUUUUGUCAGUCUCGAACCUUAGCUGUUCACAAAACAUUGCAUAUGCAGGAAUCUCCUCACAAAUGCCCCACAUGCGGAAGAACCUUUAAUCAAAGAAGUAACCUGAAAACUCACCUUCUCACCCAUACAGACAUCAAGCCCUACAGCUGUGAGCGCUGCGGAAAGGUGUUUCGGCGCAACUGUGACCUGCGACGGCAUAGUUUGACACAUACACCCCAUCAGGACUUCUAGUCUCGAUGGCUGGACAGAGAAAUAAAAAACAAAAAAAUACGGACAAAACCAGAAUAGCAGCAGCGCAGACUGGAGGACAAACAAGCACGGACAAAAGGACAAAAUAUCAAAGCAAUGGAUUCAUCGCUUGCAUAAAACUCAGACAAGACAACGACGACCCUGGACUAAUUUUUGUCGUCCUUGUAAAUACAAAAGCCCCUGGAACCUAUGUAAAUAAUAUUUUUCCCCUGACUUUUUGUUUUUUGUAUUUGUUCUCUUUGAUUUUAAAACUGUUGAAACUUGCCUAUACGUGGUUGUUUGUUAAAUUGUAUUGUAGAAAUAAAAUGUAAUUAUAACCAUGAA